AUGGAUAUAAAAUUGCAGGUGCUUGGUGCGGAGCUGGGUGAUACGAGGAGGAAGCUGGAGGCGACGGAGAGAAGAGGAAUUGCAGAGGUGAUAGAAUUGAGAGGCGAGGUGGAGGAGUGGAGGAGAAAGAUUGGAGAGUUGGACAGUGCUGUUUGUGUUGUGGAGGAGAGGGCGAUGGAGUUGGCGCUGGUGAAGGGGGAAUUGGCAGAAGUGGAGGGCGGGUUGGCAGCGGUUAAGGGGGAGUUGGGAACGGUGAACGGGGAGUUGGCAGCGGUGAAGGGGGAGUUAGGAACGGUGAAGGGGGAGUUGGUAGCAGUGCAUGGGGAGUUGGCAGUGGUGAAGAGGGAGUUGGCUGAACACAGCGACCGGACCAGGAUUCUCUGUAUGCACUUGGAAGAGACAAGGCAUGAAGUGAAAGAGGAAGAGAGGAGUCGAUCGACAGAUAUGAGAGUGCUUAGAGGGAUGUUGGAGGAGGCUGAGCGGAUGAGAGCAGUGGUGAAGGGGGGGUUGGUAGCAGUGAAUGGGGAGUUGGCAGUGGUGAAGGGGGAGUUGGCUGAACACAGCGACCGGACCAGGAUUCUCUUAGAGUAUAGGGAGCUGAGCGGACGGGUGGAAGUGAGGGAGAGGGAGCUGGAAGCAUCAUGCGGAUAA